GCUGGAGAGGAAGUUGAGAGGCCUCGCGGCAAUCGGCCGUGGGCUCGCGUGUCGCCUCGCCGCGAUGACCUCGUGACGAAGGGCCCCCUAAGCUGCUCCUCCUCGGGGAACCGCCGCCCCCGGAUAAUGUCGAAGAAGCAGUGGCUGGUGCUGCUGAUGCUGUUUCUCACUUACCUCCUACUCGGUGCUUCGAUAUUCUACCACAUCGAGAGUCGGCUCGAGGUCGAGAAGGUGCGCGUGGCCAAGGAGGAGCGGAUCGAGAUCAACGCUCUCUUAAUUGAACAUUAUAUGCCGGGUGGAGGUCAUGACCAGCAUGAAAUUUUAGACAAACUCACAAGAUACUGCGGUAAAUCUGUCCAUAACUAUAGUGAAGGUGAAUUCGAUCCUUUAAAAUGGGAUUUCUACAACAGUUUUUAUUUUGCCUACACAGUCGUCAGUACUAUUGGUUACGGCAAUCUGGCCCCAACGAAUAUGUUGGGUCGUGUGCUCAUGAUCUUCUACGCGUUGGUCGGCAUACCCAUGAACGGAAUCCUGCUCGCACAGUUGGGCGAAUUCUUCGGGCAAGUGUUCGUAACGGCAGUGCGCAAGUACAAGUCCUACAAGCAGAAUCAGAACGAGUACUCGAAGAAGUCAUUGACGUCACUGGAGAAGAGGAGGGCCGGGUUGGCUAUGCAGAUCUUCAUGUACUUGCUGCCAGGUUUCGUCAUGUUCAUCUUCUUUCCGGCCUUCCUCUUCUCGUAUUACGAGGGAUGGACGUACGACGAGGCGGUAUAUUACGCCUUUGUCACGCUGACCACCAUAGGUUUUGGAGACUACGUUGCGGGUCAGGAUAACACAAAAGGUAAUGGUAUUUGGUUUGGCCUUUACAAGACAUUUCUAAUCUGUUGGAUCUCUUUCGGCUUGGGAUACAUUGUCAUGAUUAUGACAUUCAUUGGUCGUGGUAUGACUAGUAAAAAAAUCGCCAGACUCGAACACAAGCUUGCCGUUAAGCUUAAGCACACGCAGAGCAAAAUUUGGAACGAAUUCAAUGAAGAUGUCAAUUACCUCAGAAGGGUAUUCAAUGAACUUCAACUCUCUAAAGUCAAGAGGGUAUACAUGGAUCAGUACGAUUACGAUACGCCUCCGCCUCACUUUCCAAGUAGCAGUAGUUUUCCUGAUUUACGAGAAUUGGUUUACGGCGGCCUUGAGCCACCGACGCCUCCACACCCACGACGUCGAGCGAAUAGCGAAGUCGUUCCUAUGGAGGCGCAGGUAGCGCGCGUUGUCUCCGAAACGGAUCUCCAGCGCAUCGAUAAGCACGCGACCUUUGCCACCCACGCGAUGGUUCAACCGGCUGAACUUCUGGCUCGCCUCGUCAACAUCCUCGGCUACAUACCGCCACCACCGGAUGAUGAGGAGACGACCAUCGUUGACCCGACGGAGAAGAUCGGCGUGACCGCUGGCGUGCAAGGAUUCAGCGAGAAGGAGAUAUUGGCGAGUGAAGCAUCACCUUGGAAUCCGAAUAACGACCUCAGGUGGAAGCUUGGGGCGGACUCGCCAAGACCACGUUCCCGAGCCUCCAGUGAGGUACGGCUCGAGCGUCCCGAGAUGUUCCCGCAACCGAGCGCGUGCGAGUGGACCUGGUCCGGACCCGCGGCUUCCAGUAAGAUCCAGGAGAUGAUGAGGGCACGCAAGGAGCAGGGCGGGAGAUCGCGCUUUCUCUCCUUCGGACUGGGCCUACCCAAGUCCGUGCAAAAGACGCUGUUGCCACGUUGGCUGAGGCAGCUCAAUGUCAGGAAGUCCCAAGCUGAGCGGACGAGCUCGAUCAAUGACUUCGAGGCUGCAGCUAACGAGGAGAGGGAGUCGGCAUCGCAACCACAGACACCCGGUGGUCGGAACGUUGGUGCGGAUGGCAUGGAGCGUCGUUAUUCGUAUUCGCGGCCGUAUUUCACGCACACGGGUGGCAGUCUCCUGGAGGAGACUUCUCUCGCGGAUCUGCUACGCGCUCUGACUGCACUGCACACGCGGGUCGGAGCGGUACCGGACGAGUUCUCCGGACUACGGAGACCCACUCAGGCUCAGAUACAGGCCCAGACUCAGCCCCAGACUCAGCCCCAGUCCCAGCCCCAGCGUAAGCUUGGCACGGCCUCUCUGACACCGCCCAAGUUGCCGAGCCUUCUGGCGUUGUUCUCACCGCCGAUGGGUCAUAGUCAGAGCCAGCAGAACACUGUGACGAGCGUCGCCGGAACCCGGGCACUGGCCAGACGACUCUCCCUCAGGACAGCCGAGAGCUCCAGUACCUCGACUCCGAUGUAUCAACGGAGGGCGACUCAGGGCUCGCAACAAAUUCCCAGAGCCAGCAGGCGAUUUUCCCUUAGGCCCGUUAUCCCGUCGUCACACUACUCUUACAACACCGGUCAAGCGCAGGUGGACGAGCAGAGCCCGCCACCUUACACGAGUGAGCACUUUACCCUCGACUGCCCGAAAAAACCACUAGUGCAGAUGGAAGGGGCUCCGGGUGCUUCGACACCGGUUGCCGUCCCGGUCACCAGUGGUAGCAACAGGCGUUUCUCUCUAAGGCCGGCGCAGAUUGGCGUACCCCCUGCCCCGGCCGCGUCACCCGCGACCGCUACUGCCGCCAUCGCCACCUCAACUACCACCGCUGCUGUCGCCGCCGCCGCCGCCGCCGCCGCCACCGCUGCAUCAACCGCCCAACUGCUGAAGCCUAUGCCUAGGUGGAGAGCCGGACUCUUGCAGCGCCAGAUCAGCCAGAAGAACGCACAGCGCAGGGUCAGAGCUUUCAGUCUCAGCGACGUACACUCGGAAGAGUCCGAGCAUCGGAUUGGUAUUAGUCCGCUGGCAUUACACGAUAAUGCGCGAACUGUCACGUCUGUCCAAGGUCAAAAGUUGACGUCCACGCAGAAGACGGUGACGAUCGUGUCGCCCGAUCUUUCGAGAACGAAAAGCGAAUUCCAGCAGCAAUCUCCGGAUGCUCGACACCGGGAUCAGGAACGGGGCGCGCUAUUGUUCGCUGCACCCAGGACUCUUAGGCGCUAUAAUAGCGACAUCGAGUCCGUCUCUUCCAAGAGCUCGAGUUAUUCAUCCAAAUCGCUGGAUAAGGAGUCGGUCAAUAGAACGAGCCAAGGUUCCUCCAAGAGCAGCAGCAGGAAAAGCUCCAAAGAUAGUAUAAAUGAGCGCGGUAGGGGAACGGCGACCUGGAAAAUUACGAGCCACGAUGAGAACGAUGACGAUGACGAUGAUAAGUGGGAUUUCCCAGGGAGUGACAAUUUCGAGAUCGACAAGGAGAGUCGAGUUGCUCCCCUAAGUGCGAACGACGACAUUCUGACGGCCAUGAUUAAAGAGUCGGAUGGAGCGACCGGGAAGUUGUCCUCGGUCAACAGUGGUCCUGUCGUGAAUAUGUCCGAAGGGAAUAUCGGUAGCAUGUCCUUGAGAGUCGAGCAGCAAUUAGCUGGCAGCAUAACCAUCCCUACCUUAUCAAUCGAGCCUUGGAUGGACUCGCUGGGCGAGUCGACAACGGCCACGUUCGAGAGGGGGAAAAAGACAGGAGCCAAGUCAUGUGACAAGAUGAGUCCCGAGUCUUUAGCUUCGUUUACGGAUGAAAGGAAGAGACAACCGGUGGAAACUGUUGCCGAGGCAUUUGUCGAACGUCAUCCAGUGACACUGACCCAGGAAGUGAAGAUUGAUGUGCCGGAUAUAUUUGGCAUAGAUACUGCAUAUUCCUCUGUAGAAAAGUAAUUGACGAGUCAAUGACGAUUUUGUACGAUCAAGUAUUUUUAUUUUUUAUUUAUUUUUG